AUGGCGACGUGUGAUUCGUCGGUGCGACCAGGGAGGAGCAGGGGUGGAGGUGUGCGAGGAGGGCAGGGUGGGGUUGGUGGCGAAUGGGAAUGUGACACGUCAGCUGGGAGAGAGGAGGAGGAGGAAUCGGAAGGGGAUUCUGAAGAAGACAUGGGAAUGCGGACAAAAUCAACAAGUUGGCAGAAGCAGCAGCAGCAGCAGCAGCAGCAGCAGCAGCAGCAGCAGGGAUACGAUGCCUCAGCUGCUGCUCACUCUUCCUCCGCCUCUGCUGUCUCUCAUUCCUCUGGUGGUCCCCGUCGGAUCCAGCACAGUGCAACAGCAGGGGAGGCAGGAGGCAGGGAGAGGAGGCGAGGGAAGGUACUGGGAAGCGCAGGGGAGAAACGUGGUGGGGGGUUGUCUGGUGCUGGGGAGGAAGAGGAUGAGGGAAUCAGCAGCGAUCAUCUGACAAGAAUAGCCGCCCAGAUGAUGGGAUUUGAAGAUGGGGAGGACGGGCAGAUCGGGCAGAUCGGGCAGGUCAGGCAGGACGGGCAGGAAAUCUUUUUGCAGGAACCAAUGCAGGAGGAGCUGAUUGGUCCAUCCGCCCUGCUGCCGCCGAGCCACAUCUCCUCCCGACCCUCUUCCAUCCGCAAGGCACACUCAGCCUCGGCCAAGCCUGCGAAAUCCGGAGGCUCGGCAGCAGGCUCGGGAGCCGGCAUUGUCAGUGACAGUCAUUUUGUCGAGGACCUGCUUCAGCUAGGGUUGAAUGAUUCGCGGUUAAGGGACUGGGCUGCCAGGUUCAAAGCAGGGCAGACAGACAGACGAGAGCUGCAGACACUGCUACUGGAGCUUCAGGAAAAGCAGAGGUUGCAAGGGGCGGGAGAAGGAGCAGGUGGGAAGGGAGAGGAAUGGAUGGGAGGAUCUGCAGUGGGGGAAGAUGAGGCAGAGGGAGUGACGGAAUCUGCUGCAGCAGCAGGUGCUGGGUCAGGAUUAGGGUUAGGGUUUAUGGGGGGUUCUAGACCUAGAUCUUCCUCUCGCAGGCUUGCCAGCAGCAGUGGAGUCCGAAGCAGGCCAGCUUCGUCGUCGUACCACAACCGAACCCAGCGGGCAGGUCACGCCAGGUUCGGCAGCAGCAUAGGGUUCGGAACAGGCCUAGGCGGGUUAGUCUCUGGGGCAGGUUCGGGAACGGGAGGCUUGGGAGACGCCUUAGAGGGGUCUGGUUCGGAGCGUGGUUCGGACGCGGAGGACUUUUUGAUGUCGGUUCCCCCUUCGGCUCUAGAUGUUCUGCAGGGCAGCGGGCAGGCGAAAAAGAAACCUCCGACCGGAAAUUGGAAGAGCCCUCUUUCAGGAGCAACACCAGGAGAUUCCUCAACCUCGUCUAGCGUUCCCUCUGCACGAUCUGGACCGUUGAUCUCAUCAGGAUCGGUCCCAUCAAGACCCCGAGGGACAUCUGCCGCGUCGAUUCUAAGGCAUGGAAGUUGGGAGCAAAGGGAGUUUGCACAGCUGGCAGAGCAAUUCGGGCUGGAUGCAGACGAGGAGGGGCUAGGCGGGUUGGUGGAGGGUGGGAGACAGGGAGGCACAACUGGUGCGGGGGGUCCUGGGGUAGGGUUAUCUGAUGCAAGUGCAUCAGGGGCGGGUAUACCUGGGGAUGAAGAGCAGGAUAUAGCUGCCACAGCUGGUGGCAGUGCUGGUGGUGGUGCGGGUGAUGGUGGGGUUGGUGGUGGUCGUGGUGGUGGUGGUGGUGGUGGGAGUGCUGGUGAUUUGUAUGGAGGACGGCACACAGUAAACGCCCCUCCCCCCUGCACCUCUCAUGCAGCAGAAGGAGAGAGAGAGGGAGAGACAGACGGAGCAAGAGAGGGAGCGAGAGAGGGAGAAAGGGACAGAGAGGGAGAGCUAGGGGGAGCGGGCGAGGAGAUGUUGUCUCUGGAGCGGAAUCUGAGCCUGCCGUCACCAAAGCCGGUUGCACAGGUGGAGGAGGCAUCGUUCGAUCGCAACCUGUCGCUGCACAAUGUGAUCAAGAAGCGGAUCAGCAGCCACGCUGGGGAGGUGGGGCAGCAAUUCGCCCGGCUCUCCACUCUCCUCAAGAAGUCAUGUAAGCUCUUCUCCACUCCACCCUUCCAAGAAACUGCCUCCUCUUCCAACCUGUCUGUCGCUGCACAAUGUGAUCAAGAAGCGGAUCAGCAGCCACGCUGGGGAGCAUCCACACCCAACGCACCUGGGAGUGCGGGAAGUGGAGCAACAGGAGGGAGCAAGAGGCCGGCGCAGGAAGGGAAGAAGCCACCCAAGCCAGCCAAGAGUGGAUCAGACAGGCCGUCCAGUGGCAACCCACUCGCCAGAACAUCGUCUAUUGCAGCAGAGUUUGGCGAUUUGCCAGCACCCAAGAGAACGCACUAUCAGUACUCGGAGCUGCAGCUGGCGACCGAGAAUUUUAACGAGGCCAACGUGUUGGGGCAGGGCGGAUUCGGGAAGGUGUAUUACGGCGUGCUGCCCGUGCACCCCGCUCAGGUGGUGGCAGUGAAGGUGCUGAAGCAAGGAGGAGGGGAGCAGGGAGACGAAGAGUUUGUGACUGAACUGGAGCUGCUGAGUCGACUGGAGCACAAACACCUGGUGAAGCUGAUGGGGUACUGCAUGCGGAAGGAUCAACGGCUGCUAGUCUACGAGUUCCUGCCCAAUGGGAGCCUCGCCGACCACUUGCACGGUACAGUGUGUUGUCUCUUCUGGACUUGUUGCUUUGCUAGCAAGCUGGCUGGGUAUGUUUUUUACUUCCGCUCUAACUCUCCCAACCAACAGGCCGCAAGGUCAGGCAAAAAGGUCAGGCAGAACGGCCCCUUGUCGUGGGAGAAGCGGCUGAAGAUUGCCGUUGGAUCAGCACGCGGGUUGAGGUACCUGCACUCGCAGCGCCCACAGGUGCUGCACCGAGACGUGAAGGCACCCAACAUACUCAUCACUGAUAGCUACGUGGCUAAGGUGGCUGACUUUGGGUGUGCGAAGCUGAUCAAGCAAACCAUCCUAGUAGAGGAUCCCACCACGGGGGAGAUGGUGGAGACGCUGGGGGAGAACGUGGAUGUGGCCAUGGGCACGCACGGGCACAUGGCUCCUGAGAUAUUGAUGACUGGGGAAAUCAGCGCUGCUACCGAUGUGUACAGCUUCGGAGUGGUGUUGCUGGAACUACUGAGUGGCAGAGUGCCCGUGUUUGAAGACGGCACGAUGCUGACGCAUUGGGCCACACCAUUCUUGAAGGACAAGAGGUGGGAUGAGCUGAUAGAUCCUUCCAUGCUUGCCGGUCACACGCCAGAAGGGGGAGGAGGCGAAGGAGGAGUGACAGGUGGCACCGGCGCCGGAGCCAGUGCCGAUGCUGACGUGGCCCUGCCCAGGGUGGCUGCCACGUCAGCGUUUGCUCGGUGCGCUGAGCUGGCGGAGUCGUGCAUCCAGUUUGACCCGCUGAUGCGGCCGAGCAUGGAGGACGUGGCACACACCCUGCAGGCGAUCCAAUUAGGUGCAUGCUGCUGCUGA